AAAUGAAGUUCAGAGGUCGAAGAAAACCACUUCCUGUAGUCGGAGCCGCCGCAACGUGCUUACAGUAAAAUACGAAGUAAUUUGGUUGGUUUUUGGAAGUAACGGAACGCGUUAAAUACACUAAAAAUUACCCACAGCGAUGAGUUUACCCUUGAACCCGAAGCCCUUCCUCAAUGGUCUGACGGGCAAGCCAGUGAUGGUGAAGCUGAAGUGGGGCAUGGAGUACAAAGGAUAUCUGGUGUCUGUGGAUGGCUACAUGAACAUGCAGUUGGCUAACACAGAAGAGUAUGUGGAUGGAGCAUUGGCUGGGCAUUUGGGAGAAGUGCUUGUCAGGUGCAAUAAUGUCUUGUAUAUAAGAGGUGUUGAAGAAGAGGAGGAAGAUGGUGAAAUGAGAGAAUAAUGGGAAGGUUCCACCCUCCUGGAUGCUUUUUUUUUUUCUUUCUAUUAUAGGUUGCAUAAAGCAAGUGGGGCAGCCUUACACUGGACGGUUUAAGAACGGCUUCUCCAUAAGUGCCAACGUUGCAACACUGCACACGGAUACUCAUAACUAAAGCCUGAUUCAUGCUUCAUCUGCCAGCCUCCUUAAGGAGGGGAUGUACGGGUUCUGGAGAUUUCAUUGCUGAGGGUCCGUACGGAGAGGGUCCGAACCGAGUAUCUGGGCAAUACCGUAUGGCCCCUGCACACGGAGGCUGCUGGACGAAGCAUGAGUCAGGCUUAAUCCAUUCACUCUCAGGUUUAACUCUUCUCACAGUGCAAUUUGUCAGGCAGCAUUGUGGGAUUCUCCAAGCACACUGCAUGCUUGGGAACAUGAACAGAUUUGUUUGGUACAUUUAGGCAAUGGGGCCUGUAUUUGUUAACUUUUAAAUCGGCAAUGCCAGUGUAAGGCUGCUCUCCUUGUCUUUUGUGAUAGUGUUGGCAAUUGAGUAGCCUAAUUUUUCUACUUUGUUUUUUUUGUUUGUUUUUUUCUUCUUUUUUUUUUCCCCCCUCCUUCUUUUUUUUUGGAAUCCAACUUGCACUCGACCGGAGAUACAAUUUUACUGUGCUCAUAAGACGACAAUGGUAUUGAAAUUGUACAUAUUGCACUUUUCAACAAUCUGUGGCAAAUUCCUUUAGUCAAUUUUACUUAAAGAUUAGAAUGUGCCAUGGUUGCUGUUUGUGUGAAAUAUGAUUUUGACAGACCCAACACAUGAAUGAAUACACUUUAAUUGCAGUGUCUAGGAAUUAUGUGAUCUACACUAGUUGAACACAAAACCUCAUCACUUUCAAACUUAAUGUUGGUGCUGUUAUGCUUGCAAGCCUCGCCUAUAGUAUACUAGACUCAGUUGCUCAAUGGACAUCGUGUCUCAACUUUACUUUGGUAUUUUCGUCUAAAACAAAAUUGGUUCCUGCUUCACAGACCUUACAAGAUAUCAUUAUGGACUUCUCUGUUAGCUGGGUCACUGCACUUGUGAGGUUUUCAGUUAAUUGUGCUGUAGAAGGAUUUCAGACAUUUUCUGGGCUUCUUGUCUAAAACAACACUCUACACCACUGAAUAUGUUUUGACCAGUUCUCUGAAUUUUUUUUUUAAUCCUGUGAUCCAGUGGCUUCCCCCCCUAUCUUCGCUGGCUAUCUCUGGUGUCUCUAGGUCUAGUUGAGAUUGGUGUGGAGGUAUGACUCCAUUGGGAUGAAGACAGGACCAUGUUUAUAUUCGGAUGGGAAACCAUUAACAUUGAAAUUCAAGAGAAUACCACACAGGUUGCCCUUUAUACUUGCUGUAACAUGACGGUGUUUUUCAGUUUUGUUUGUACCUUUAAAAUAAAACGUUCCUUUUUGAUAAA